AUGGCGGAAGUAUUACUAAAACACCAGCAGGACAUCGCGAAAGAAAGAGAAAUCAUAGAAAGAAAUUAUAAGAAGGAUGGCCCUUCGCGUAAAACUGACGAAUACUAUUCGAGGAAAAUCAACAGGCUUAACGAGCUUGUUUCGAUAUUUCGCUCGAAUCAUCAACAGCUUCUCCUCUUAUUGGAUCCAGAAGAUCCAUACUUCGAAUUAUACAAGGAGGUGGAAGCCAAGUUCGCCUCAUUUAAAGACCUAAUGGAAAAAGAUCGGUAUCAGUUACCGACGAAAAUUCCAACUAGCCUUGGACCGGAAGGUCUUUCAACGGCAGUUACUCCGUCUGCCAAUGAAAAUCAGCGCUAUGACUUAAGUGAAGACUUACCGAAACUCCCAGCAAUCCAGAUACCACUCUUUACCGGUCUUAGUAAAGAAUGGAGCCAAUUCAUUGAAUUAUUCAAAUCAGUCAUUCACGAGAAUAGAACUCUAAAAAAUAUCCAAAAAUUACAAUACUUGCUGGGUUAUCUUCGAGGAGAAGCGAAAGAAGCCGUGGCACAUCUCCAGCUCACAAGUAGCAAUUACGAAGCUGCGCUUCUUAUUCUGGAAGAACGUUUCUCCAACCCUCGGCAGGUGGCUACCGAAUACCUAGAUUCAAUACUGGACAUUAAAAAGCUGGAUUAUAGAUCCACAAACGAUGUCAUAUCCAUGUACAAUACAAUCAGAAACUGCCUUGCCGGUCUACAAAAUUUGGGGUACGCGACUAGCCAUUGGGAUCCCAUCAUAAUUCGUAUUAUCAUGCGAAAAUUCGACACUGAAACACUCAGAUCAUUCGAAGAAAAUUUGGGCACCAACAAAGAUUUCACAUCCGUCGAAAAUCUAUGCUCUUUUCUACUGAAGAGAUAUCAACUGUUAUCCACAAUAAAACAAAAGCCCACAAUUUUCGAAAACAAAAAUAAUUUUACUCACCCCCAACAAAAGAAAAAAUCGUUUCUCGUAUCUGUUACCGCAAAACCCAAUUGCAUUCUCUGUAAGGGUAAACAUAGACUAUUUGCUUGCGAGAAAUUCAAGCAAUUCGAGGUCGAAAAACGAAUUGAUUUUGCAAACAGCAAAAAUUUAUGUCUAAACUGCUUGUCACAUGGAAACAGUUUACAAUGCAAAAGUAAAUUGCAUUGUUUCGAGUGCAAUGGCCCGCAUCAUACAUUGCUUCAUAAAAAUUCUCCAAUAAAUUCUAAUUUUGCAACUAAACAAAAAAAUUCGCAAAAAACAUAUACGGUCAUACUAGCCACUGCACUAAUCAAGGUGAACAAUAAGACCGGCGGUCAAGUUACCAUCGGAACGUUAAUUGACCCCGGUUCACAAAUUUCAUUUAUAACCCAAGCCGCAGCAAAUAGGCUGGGAUUGCAAAAAUACAAUGUAUUGGCAGAAAUCACAGGUAUUGGCGGCAUACAUGCUGCUACAAUAAGAAAAAAGAUUAAUGUGCACAUUUCGUCAACGUACGAAAAUAAGUUUAACUUAUCCACUGAUAUGCACAUAAUGACACUGCCAGAAAAAUCCAUGAAGUUGGAAAGACCGACAUGGGUCAAUACUCUGCAACUUGCAGAUCCAAACUUUGAAAAUUCAAUGAAUAUCGAUGCAAUACUAGGGGCCGAUGUGUAUGAGCACAUCGUUGAGCCCGAAAUUAAAAAAGGAGAAGUUCUUCUUGCCCAGAAAACCAAGCUGGGCUGGGUUUUAUUGGGAAAAAUUCCAAUAAUAACAAAUAACUUGAUCAACGCAUCAGCUAACAUAACAACUGCAGAAUUUCAACAAAAAAUGGAACGAUUCUUUGAUAUGAAUGAGAAAGAAACAGAACAGCCUGAUCAAAAAGAAAUCCCAGAAAUAAUCUAUCAAUCCACAACCGUCCGUGAACCAAACGGAAGAUACUUGGUAGCACUCCCCUUUAAAGACGAUAACAAAGUUCCACCACUGGGGAACUCUCGGAACAAGGCAUUGAUUAUCUACAAACAACUUGAAAAACGCUUGAAUCGAGAUCCAAAGCUGAAAAAAGCAUAUAAUGAGGUACAACAAGAAUAUUUAUAUUUAGGCCACAUGAAAGAGGUACCAACAUAG